AUGAGUACUUUAAUUCAACGGAAUACCACAAUACCCUAUUCUCACUCAAGGACCUAUAAGAAUAACGAAGACUAUCAGACUGAGGCCACCAUUGAAGUCUUUGAAGGAGAAGAGAAGACAGCUAAAAGAAACAGGCUACUGGGUCGGUUUAUAGUACCAGGACUACCGCCCCGACCAAGGGGACAGGUUGAGAUACCUGUGGCCUUCUCUCUUGACGUUAACGGGGUCCUUGAGGUGAGUGCUUACGUGAAGGGAGAACAAGGAACUAAGAAGAGUUUAGUGAUAAAGAAAGACAAAGGUCUCCUCACUGAGGAGGAGAUUAAGAAGAGAGGGAAGGAGUUACAGGACUGGGAGAGAAAGUGUCGUACUAAUAAAAUAAACUAA